GACUGCAAAUUUUCUUCCUUCACGUUUCGAACGAAUGGCUUAUGUAGCGAUAUAUAAUUUUGGGCAUUGUACGGCGUUUCGUGCACUCGGAGAAGCUCAGUCGAUUUUCCUUCGUGGGAAGUAUGAAGAUUCUGGUAACCGGGGCUUCUGGCUACCUGGGCGGAAGGCUUUGCCGUGCCUUAUUGAAUCGAGGCUACUCCGUCCGGGCUUUGAUCCGUCCGACCAGUGAUCUUUCCUCUCUUCCCCAUGAUCCUGCUGCUCUUGAGCUUGUUCAUGGCGAUAUCACCGAUUAUCAGUCGCUUCUAGAGGCAUGCUCGGGCUGCCAUGUCGUCUUCCACGCAGCCGCACUGGUCGAGCCCUGGCUUCCCGAUCCAUCCAAAUUCAUUUCAGUCAACGUACGAGGGCUGAAGAACGUGUUGCAAGCGGUUACAGAGACCAGGACAAUCGAGAAGAUUAUCUAUACGUCGUCCUUCUUUGCGCUUGGCUCAACCGAUGGAUAUGUUGCCGAUGAAAAUCAGGUUCAUCACGAGAAGUUCUUUUGUACAGAGUACGAAAAAUCGAAGGCCAUCGCCGACAAGAUUGCAUUGCACGCUGCAUCCGAGGGCAUUCCGAUAGUGCCGGUAUAUCCCGGAGUCAUCUAUGGUUCUGGAAAGGUCACGGCUGGAAAUGUCAUCGCUCGUAUGAUGAUUGAACGGUUCAAUUGGCGAUUACCCGGGUAUUUAGGCCGUGGAAAUGACAAGUUCUCUUUUAGCCAUGUCGAUGAUGUGGUAGAAGGACAUCUUGCAGCAUUGCAGAGAGGUCGAGUGGGCGAACGAUAUCUUCUAACAGGAGAAAAUGCAUCAUUUGUGGAUGUUUUCGACAUAGCUGCAGCUAUAACUGGUACAAGACGGCCAAUCUUCAAAAUUCCUUUGUGGUUAAUCGAAGCAUAUGGUUGGGUUUCAAUUUUUAUCUCUCGAAUCACUGGAAAGCUUCCUCUCAUCAGCCCCCCAACUGUGAAUCCUUUGAGACAUCAGUGGGCAUAUUCAUGUGAGAAGGCGAAAGAGGAGCUGGAUUAUAACCCCAGAAGUUUAAGGGAAGGAUUAGAAGAGAUGCUACCAUGGCUAAAGAGCUUGGGUUUGAUAAAAUAUUAAGAUGGAUCUCUCUUACUGCGCUUCCGCUUCUCUAUUUAGAAUAAGCUGGUGAGGGUUUGAGAAGUAAAAUGUGGAAUAUCAGACGGACGGACACAGAAAAUAUCCUACCCCGUUUAUUAACGAUUUUAUUUUUAGUUUUCUGUUUUGUAAAUAUAUGUUUGUUUUCUCACCA